AUGGCGUCGCCACUACCCAUCGCCCCCAUGGGCAAUGGCUCUCGGAACGGCCAGCAGGCUCAGUAUCAGCAACAUUCGCGUCAACCGAGGCAUCAAAGGCAACACGUGCCUCCUCAGGUUGACGGCGAUGAACCGGGUCUCCAUUUGAGACCAAUGGGUCUCAAGGUUCACUACACCUUCGACAAGGAGGGGAAAAUCAAUUGCCUCGCGAGGUCGUCGCAAACCCUCCAUAUCCAGACGGUACCUAUCGACGAGACGAACUUGGUUGGAGUCAUUGACUUGCGCUCCUGCAUCCACACCGUCAUGGAGUGCAGCCCUGAGCUUGCCGGUCAAGAGGUCGACUACAACGUCUACGCCGUCGACUUUUCAGAACCCGACACGCCGUUGGUCGGACAGGGCAUGCUCUCGUGGAUACUUGACGCGAUGCGAAAUGACUCCGUCACCCAGCAGCCCAAGAUGGUGACGGGAAGAGUGACCCAGAAUCUCUUUGGGGUUUUUGGCAGUGGAAACCGCGAGACUCUCGAAGUGAGAUUGCGACUGUCUGCGGCAACGAGGCCCAACAGCCACCUGCGACGCGACAGUACAGAUGGACCACAGCAUCAGCAGCAUCAGCAGCAUCAGCAGCAUCAGCAGCAUCAGCAGCAUCAGCAGCAUCAGCAGCAUCAGCAGCAUCAUCAGCACCAGCAGCAGAGCCGGCCCGUGGAGACGGCCAUGACUCCCACCGGGUCAUCUGAAUGGAGUUCCUUCCUGCAAUCAAACCCUCAGAUCGGCCAAUCUCAGCUGCAGAUGAGCAACCCUUCACGCGUUGCUUCACCAGCUCUGUCACAGAGCGACUUGGCCAGAAGACGUGAUUCUUUUGGUCCGGCGUCUCAGCAGAUGAUGCCCAACCAAGACGUGCAGAGGAUAGCGCCCAUGCCAGCUGACUCGGCCGAGUCGCGGGCCGACGUCGCCGCUCCUUCAUCCAGGCCCUCCAGCCGCGCGUCCAACUCAGCUUCGAGGAGGAAACCCCCGACUGGUCGGCCCCGCGGCAGACCGCGAAAGAAACUAAUGGAGGGCAACAAUUCCGGUUACGAAGACGGCACAGAGGGAGAGGAAGGGCCCGCCAAAAAAAGGGUUAAAACCACAGUGAUUGGCAAAGCUUCCCCGAAUCCCUUUGCCAACGAGCCCGAGUCGCUGAGGGUGGCUGCAAGCACCUCGGGCUCCCUGCGCAGCUUUCGCCCGGUUCUGGCCAACAACGACGGCGCUUCGGGGGGUAACAGUCACUUGCAGGAAAUGCCCCGAGCUCCCACCCCGGUUCCAGAUGGCCCUCUCCGCGGUGGUGGACCAGGAAAAUGCUUGGCUUCUGCCAACAAGCUGAGGCGGGAGUCUGCCUUGAGCCGGCAGCCUCUCUCAACCAACAACUCGUCAUAUGCAGAGCCUGGGCGGCCGUUAUCCCCAAGCCAAGAAGAAGAUGGUCGAUCACCCGAUUCCAUCGCCCCUACACCUGCGUUUUCUGAAGACAGCCCGGCAGAUAUCGGGUCUUCACCGCCUGUGCAACGAGCUACUCCUUUUUUGCGAUCGAGCCCCCCUCCGUCGAGCCCAGUCCUGCCCCCUAUGCCGCCCACUGAGCUCCGUUGCGACGUCGGCCUGGCGACGGACGACCUCGACGACCUGUUUGGCGACGAGCCUGCGCCAAUGGUCGGGAAACGAGUCGUGGCCCGAAAUCCCGCCGAGGCGCGAAACGCCGGCGCCAUACCACCAAUCCAAGUGUUUCGGCUGCAGGAUGGGCCAAGCGGCCGGGAUCCAGCCCACGUCGGCGGUAACAGCGCGCCUCAGCUCAACUCGACGCCGGCAGCUGCAUCGCCUUGUGAAAGUCAGUCCCUGCCACCAUUGAAGCGGGCGCCUGUUCGGCUGGCAGCGGGAAAGAAGACGAAGCCUGAUUCCCCACCAGGCAUGGCUCCCACUCCUCCUCCAACCACCGAUGCUGUCGAAAAACCCGCGAGCCCCGUGCUGACAGCCGAGUCAGGGAUGGACGAGAUCGGAGGGGCGAUGAUGGCAGCUCCCAGCCCCCUCGGGCUGCCAAAGCCAGCAGUCGAGCCAACACAGGUACACGAUGCUCCGAAGGAGCAUCCAAAAGCUGCCGAGGCUCCUCCACACGUCAUCCCCUCCUCCAAAACACCCCGUCAGCUGAACAGGUCUCAAUCUGCUGGGCCGCUGGUUUUUCCCGCCAUCCCAGCGAGCGAACCUGCCGGACCAUCUUGUCUUUCCCAAUCCGCGGCUGCUGAGCCUGGACGCCGCCCUGCACCCUCGGUCGCAACAGCCUUGAGGCGAGCUGCCUCAACUGGUCCCUUGAGCUUGCCGAUACCCGCCAGCGAUCCCGUCAUGGCCACUGCCGCUCCGGCUAAGAGGGCUCCUCCUAGCUUCGCGGCCAGAAGCGAUGCCGCGGCCCCCCCCUCCUCUCCGCCUCCUAGAUCAAACAAGAACUUUGUCAAGAAGCACGCCAUCAAGCAACGCUUGGAAGAAGCCGUGUCGAACGGCGAAAUGCCCCCGUACUGCAGCAACUGCGGGGCGAUUGAGACGCCAACAUGGCGCAAGAUUUGGGUGCAGGAUAACGAGGGUGUUCCCGAGUACUGCGAAUACUCGGUCGAGCCCGGCAGAGUCACCGCCAUUGAAAUCCUGCGGCGAGACUCGGACAACAAGCCGACUCUGCAUCGUCUGAUCAAGAAGAGUCUAAGCCUUGACGAGGACAGGACUAAAUGGCAGGAGCUUCUCCUGUGCAACCCCUGUGGGAUAUGGCUGACCAAGUGCAAAAGCCACCGUCCCCAGGACAGGUGGGACAAGGAUCUUUCUCGCCUGGGCCAAGAACGCAGAAAACGCGGGUCGGGAAGGAGCACGUCCCGGGCCAAGAGGUCGCGCGGCAAGGGGGGGGAUGCGGCCAUGAAUCCCACGUCGGAAGCCUAUCUCCCAACGGACGCGUUGGGUCCCGUGGAGCCCUCGUCACCAAAGCAGCCAGGCACCGAGGGUCCCGGUGAUCAAGGGGCGGGACAGGACGUCGGCAAUGGCGGCGAAGCAUCGGGGGCGCUCGACGGGCUGGACAGGCAGUCGAACCCUGGAUCCACGCACUCCAGGGCCAGCGGAGGAACGGGUACAGCCAACAGCCCCAUUGACGUGGACUUUGACGCAGCCGUCGGAAACACCAAGCGGCUAUUGUUCCCGUCGCCCCGAAAGGAUGGUGUGCUCAAGACAUUGGGGGAACUAGAUGUUAAUGUUGUGCAGACUCCCGACGACUCCCGGCCGAAGGGGUCCCCCACGGGGAAGGAGAACGUGGCCGCAGCGUCGGCGACCGAUCAAGUCAGCGGCGCCGCGGAAGACCUGGAUGCCCUUUUGAAGAGCCCGGCACCUGCAGCAGCAGCAGCAGCAGCAGCAGCAGCAGCAGCUCGGCCGUCGACCCCGCCGCCCAACCCGGGCACCAACCCCAACACGACGGCAUCCAAGGAGCCCUUCAAGACUCCGACGCGACCCACACCGAGCCACCGGCCCAUCACUAGGAGCAUCUCCCGAUCCAUCCGCUCGAUGCGAUCCAUCUCGUCCCCGAACCAGCUGGCUCUCGCCCAGCAAACCCCCACCCGAACCCCCCAGGUCCCGUUCGGAGCUGCAGGAAGCUCGGGGCGAAGGCGCAGCCCGCGCAACCACUCGGGCGGAUUCGACGUCUUGGACACCCCCAUCAGUCUGACGAUCAGCCAGAUGUUUUCCGAUGGUCACGGGUUCGGCGAGAAUGACCUGGACCUGGACAGCCUGCCAGCCCUGGACGCGGGCGCCGGAGGCCUGAUUGACUUUGGGAGCCUGCUGAGCACCGACGCCGUCAUGCCGAGCUCUCCGCCCAAGGAUGGGAAUCUGUUUGACUACCACGCGUCUGCCAACGUGUGGGCCCAGUGGGAUCUGGACAACGGCGGCGGCAUGGAUAUAAGCUGA